CUCCCUGCCAAGCUUGGCCACUGCUGCUCCUGCCACUCUGCUGAAGGAGAGGGGGGGAGACAGAACGCUGGAGGAGUGGUGGAGGGAGAAAGAGAGACAGAGAAAGCCAGAGGGAGAGAGAGAGAGAGGAGUCCAGGCCCAAAUAAAGCCAUGGGGGCCGGGGCUGGGCUGGGCCCCCUUUUGCUAUAAAUACGCUGGCCGUCUGGAGGUUCGGGUUUGGUGGCCGGGGCUUGGGAUCAGCGUCCACCACUGCUGCUGCUGCUGCUACUCUGCUCAGGGGAGUCUCAUCAUCAUCAUCAUCCUCCUCUUCCUCCUCCUGGUCAUCGGCGUUUUGGGCAUCCAAGAUGCCACGAGUGGAUGCAGACCUCAAGCUGGACUUUAAGGAUGUCCUCUUCAGACCCAAGAGGAGCAGCCUGAAAAGUCGCUCAGAGGUUGACCUUCAGAGGACCUUCACAUUCCGCAACUCCAAACAGACCUACACUGGCAUCCCCAUCAUCGCCGCUAACAUGGACACAACAGGGACGUUUGAGAUGGCGCAGGUCCUCAGCAAACACACACUCUUCACAGCCAUUCACAAACACUACUCUGUAGAAGAAUGGAAGAACUUUGCUGCCAACCAUCCAGAAUGCUUAGAGCAUGUAGCUGCCAGCUCAGGCAGUGGCGUCGCAGACCUGGAGAAGCUGUGUGGCAUCCUGGAGGCCGUUCCUGCCCUCAAGUACAUCUGUCUGGACGUGGCCAACGGCUACUCCGAGUACUUUGUGGAGUUUGUGAAGACUGUGAGAGAAAAGUUCCCCAAACACACCAUCAUGGCUGGUAACGUGGUCACGGGGGAGAUGGUGGAGGAGCUCAUCUUGUCAGGUGCUGACAUCAUCAAAGUGGGCAUUGGGCCAGGUUCCGUGUGCACGACAAGGAUCAAGACAGGCGUGGGUUACCCACAACUCAGUGCUGUGAUAGAGUGUGCAGACUCAGCGCACGGACUUAAAGGACACAUUAUCUCUGAUGGGGGCUGCAGUUGUCCAGGAGAUGUAGCCAAGGCCUUUGGUGCUGGGGCCGACUUUGUCAUGAUGGGGGGAAUGCUCGCAGGCCACGACCAGUGCACCGGUGAGCUCAUCGAGAAGAACGGCAAGAAGUACAAGCUCUUCUACGGCAUGAGCUCUGACACGGCCAUGAAGAAGUAUGUGGGUGGAGUCGCCGAGUACAGGGCGUCUGAGGGAAGAACGGUGGAGGUUCCCUACAGAGGAGACGUGGAGAACACCAUCCGUGACGUGCUCGGCGGUCUACGCUCCACCUGCACCUACGUGGGAGCCGCCAAGCUGAAGGAGCUGAGCCGGCGGACCACCUUCAUCCGCGUCACACAGCAGUCCAGCCACAUGUUCACAUAGACAACGCUCGCGUCACACACUCACCCAACCUGUCCAGGGCGUCUCCUGCAGGUUGAGAUUAAAAAUAAUAAUAAUAAUAAGAUAAAAAACAAACAAACACCACAAGUUUGACUUGAAACAUUCUCUCAUCUCCAGUACAACAUAGUCCACUGAAGCAUGUGCACUUCACAGCUAAUGUUUGUGGAAACACUCAGCGUACAGCAUGUGCUGUAUUUCUACUCUGUCUACAAGUAUAUGAGGGAUUUGAGCCACGGGAAAGACAAUGCAUGUAAACACACUCUGACACUUGCUGCCUGUUUGGAAUGAACUGUCAAAAACGAUUAUGCAAGAUCCAAAAAAAGGGUUGCCCUUUAUCUAAUUGUGGUGUUGCAAUAAACUGCAUGCAGAAUCUUCUGCUCUUUUCUCCA